CUCCAUCAACGGCAGUGAUGGUCUCGACUGUCAAGUACAUGGCAUCGUAUCUGCGUAAAAGGAAGCGUCAAGAUCCAUUGCCCAUGUGUUGGAGGACCGAGGAACCCACGCGCCGUGCCGAAAUAUUAAUAAAAUUGGAGAAGAAAUCCAUUCAUUUCUACGACGGGGACUUAUACAAAAUUUUCGUCGACGACCACAGCCACCGAGACCUAAUUAAUUGCCCUUGCAGCGCAAAGAAGAAAAUAACGGGUGCGUUUGUUGGACAACGAUGCUCCAGAAAUGGCGUUCGCGGUCCGCUUGUAAUAAGAAAACUGGGCAGCACGGCGUCUUCAAAAGUGCAUCACGUUUUGAUAUGGCACAUUGGUCUGGAAUCCUUGCAGACAGUACGCCAAAUGAUGUUUGAAGCAACACAG